GGGGGCCAGUUGCAUCCCACUUUCACAAUGGGAAAGUGAAACGCACAAGCGCACCCAACCUCUCCAGCCCUCCCCGCCUGCCUCGCUCCCCUCCGCCCGUCCCCUCCCUUACCCUCCGCGCCUCCCCGCGAGCGCCAGCGCUGCACAGAGGAACUCUCCGGAGAAGGAGGGCGAGGAGGAAGCGGUGCCGGAGCGCGCAGGGCUUGCCGCCGCCGCCGCCGCCGCCGCACAGGCUGCCGGAGCGACCCCGCCGCGUGCCGCCCUCCCUGCUCUCCUUCCCGGGUGAGCCGCGGGGAUGGGGCGGCCGCGGGAGCCCGAGCGCGCGCAGGAGCCGCCGCCGCCGCCGCCCGCGUCUCCGUCGCCGCGCGCCUGAGUCGCCGUCGCCGCCGCGCGCCCUGCCCGGGGGCGGCCCCCCCAGCCCGAUGGAGGUCUCCCGGAGGAAGGCACCGCCGCGCCCCCCGCGCCCCGCCGCGCCGCUGCCCCUGCUCGCCUAUCUGCUGGCGCUGGCGGCGCCGAGCCGGGGCGCGGACGAGCCCGUGUGGCGGUCGGAGCAAGCCAUCGGAGCCAUCGCGGCGAGCCGGGCGGACGGCGUGUUCGUGGCGAGCGGCAGCUGCCUGGACCAGCUGGACUACAGCCUGGAGCACAGGCUCUCGCGCCUGUACCGGGACCAGGCGGGCAACUGCACGGAGCCCGUCUCGCUGGCGCCCCCCGCGCGGCCCCGGCCGGGGAGUAGCUUCAGCAAGCUGCUGCUGCCCUACAGCGAGGGGGCGGCCGACCUCCAGGGGCUGCUGCUCACCGGCUGGACCUUCGACCGAGGCGCCUGCGAGGUGCGGCUCCUGGGCAACCUGAGCCACAGCUCCCUGCGCAACGGCACCGAGGUGGUGUCCUGUCACCCGCAGGGCUCGACGGCCGGCGUUGUGUACCGCGCGGGGGACCAGAACCGCUGGUACCUGGCAGUGGCCGCCACCUACGUGCUGCCGGAGCCCGAGACCGCGAGCCGCUGCAAUCCGGCGGCGUCCGACCGCGACACCGCCAUCGCCCUCAAGGACACGGAGGGACGCAGCCUGGCCACGGAGGAGCUGGGCCGCCUCAAGCUGCGCGGGGGCGCGGGCAGCCUGCACUUCGUGGACGCCUUUCUCUGGAACGGCAGCGUCUACUUCCCCUACUAUCCCUACAACUACACGAGCGGCGCCGCCACCGGCUGGCCCAGCAUGGUGCGCAUCGCGCAGAGCGCCAAGGUGCUGCAGUUCCAGGGCCAGGCGGCCCUCGACUGCGGCCACGGCCACUCCGACGGCCGGCGCCUGCUCCUCUCCUCCAGCCUGGUGGAGGCCCUGGGCGUCUGGGCGGGUGUGUUCAGCGCGGCCACCGGCGAGGGCCAGGAGAAGCGCUCCCCCGCCACCACGGCACUCUGCCUCUUCAGGAUGAGUGAGAUCCAGGAGCGCGCCAAGAGCUGCUCCUGGGACUUCCAGACGGCCGAGCAAAACUGCAAAGAAGGGGAGCAACCUGAAAGAGUCCAACCAAUCGCAUCAUCUACCUUGAUCCAUUCCGACCUGACAUCCGUUUAUGGCACCGUGGUAAUGAACAGGACUGUUUUGUUCUUGGGGACUGGAGAUGGCCAGUUACUUAAGGUUAUUCUUGGUGAGAAUUUGACUUCAAAUUGCCCGGAGGUUAUCUAUGAAAUUAAAGAAGAAACACCUGUUUUCUACAAACUGGUUCCUCAUCCCAAGAAGAAUAUCUACAUCUAUCUAACAGCUGGGAAAGAGGUGAGGAGAAUUCGUGUUGCAAAUUGCAGUAAACAUAAAUCCUGUACGGAGUGUUUAACAGCAACAGACCCUCACUGCGGUUGGUGCCAUUCUCUGCAAAGGUGUACCUUCAAAGAAGAUUGUGUACCUUUAGACAACUAUGAAAACUGGCUGGAUAUAUCAUCCGGAGCUAAAAAGUGCCCUCAAAUUAACCUAUUUCGAAGCAGUGAAGAUAAGACUACAGUGACUGUGGUCGGAAGCCUCCCUCCGAGACGGUCGGAGUGGAAGUGCGUGGUGAAGAACUUGGACACGGGCAGGGAGCUCUGCAAGGGUAGAAGUCCGCCGGGCAGGGUCUGUACCUGCAACAUGCCCACCAGAGCAACCUACAAAGAUGUUUUAGCUGUCAACGUGACGUUCUCCUCCGGUUCUUGGCAUUUAUCAAAAAGAUUCAGCUUUACCAACUGCUCAUCAUUCAGAGAAUGCCCAGCGUGUAUUGGAACUGACUGUGCUUGGUGUAAAAGUGAGAGAAAGUGUAUCCACCCCUUCACAGCUUGUGACCCAUCUGAUUACAAGACAAACCAGGAACACUGUCAAGUUGCUGUUGAGAAACGGGCACCAUCCAAGACUGCGGGAGGAGGAAGAUUCACCGAGAAUAGGAGUAGUAGAGCCAACCCAGGCUUGCAGGUCUUCUACAUUAAGUCCAUCGAGCCACGGAAAAUAUCGACUUUAGGGAAAAGUAACGUGAUCGUCACGGGAGCAAACUUUAGCCAGGCAUCCAACAUUACAAUGAUCCUGAAAGGAACCAGCACUUGUGAUAAGGACGUAAUACAGGUCAGCCACGUGCUAAAUGACACCCAUAUGAAAUUCUCUCUACCGUCAAGCCGAAAAGAAAUGAAGGAUGUGUGUAUCCAAUUCGACGGCGGGAACUGUACAUCUGUGGGACCCUUGUCAUAUAUUGCUCUGCCUCACUGCUCCCUCAUAUAUCCUGCCACCACCUGGAUCAGUGGUGGUCAAAAUAUAACCAUCCUGGGCAGAAAUUUUGACGUAAUUGACAACUUAAUCAUUUCACAUGAGUUAAAAGGAAACAUAAAUGUCUCUGAAUAUUGUAUAGCGACUUCCUGCAGGUUUUCAGCCCCCAGCUUCAAGGGUUCGAAAGCGCGGGCCAACGUCACCGUGAAGCUGAGAGUCCAGGAGACCUACUUGGACUGUGGGAGCUUGCAGUAUCUUGAGGACCCCAGGUUCACAGGGUGUCGGGUCGAACCCGAGGGGGACACAGAAUUGGAAGUGAAAAUUCAAAAAGAAAAUGAUGACUUCAACAUCUCCAAGACAGACAUUGAAAUCACCCUCUUCCAUGGGGAAAAUAAGCAAUUAAAUUGCAGUUUCGAAAAUAUUACUAGAAAUCAAGAUCUCACCAUCAUCCUUUGCAAAAUUAAAGGCAUUACGAACGCAAACAGCAUUGACACCUCUUCCAAGAAAGUCCGUGUCAAACUGGGAAACUUAGAGCUCUAUGUUGAACAGGAAACAGUUCCCACCACUUGGUAUUUCCUGAUUGUGCUUCCCGUCUUGCUCGUGAUUGUCAUUUUUGCGGCCGUGGGGGUGACCAGACACAAAUCGAAGGAGCUGAGUCGCAAACAGAGCCAACAGUUGGAGCUCCUGGAGAGCGAGCUCCGGAAGGAGAUACGUGAUGGCUUUGCUGAGCUGCAGAUGGAUAAAUUGGAUGUGGUUGAUAGUUUUGGAACUGUUCCCUUCCUUGACUACAAACAUUUUGCUCUGAGAACUUUCUUCCCCGAGUCAGGUGGCUUCACACACAUCUUCACUGAAGAUAUGCAUAACAGAGAUGCCAAUGAUAAGAAUGAAAGUCUCACAGCCUUGGAUGCCCUCAUUUGUAAUAAAAGUUUCCUUGUUACUGUCAUCCACACCCUUGAAAAACAGAAGAACUUUUCAGUGAAGGACAGGUGUCUGUUUGCCUCCUUCCUGACCAUUGCCCUGCAAACCAAGCUGGUCUACCUAACCAGCAUCCUGGAGGUGCUGACCAGGGACUUGAUGGAACAGUCUAGUAACAUGCAGCCUAAACUCAUGCUGAGACGCACAGAGUCUGUGGUUGAAAAACUCCUCACAAACUGGAUGUCGGUCUGCCUUUCUGGUUUUCUGCGGGAGACGGUUGGAGAGCCAUUCUAUUUGCUAGUAACGACCUUGAACCAGAAAAUAAACAAGGGUCCCGUGGAUGUGAUCACUUGCAAAGCCCUGUACACCCUCAACGAAGACUGGCUGCUGUGGCAGGUUCCAGAAUUCAGUACUGUGGCAUUAAACGUCGUCUUUGAAAAGAUCCCAGAAAAUGAGAGUGCAGACGUCUGUCGGAAUAUUUCAGUCAACGUUCUUGAUUGUGAUACCAUAGGCCAAGCCAAAGAAAAGAUUUUCCAGGCAUUCCUAAGCAAAAAUGGCUCUCCUUAUGGACUUCAGCUGAAUGAAAUCGGUCUUGAGCUGCAAGUGGGCACACGACAAAAAGAACUUCUGGAUAUUGACAGUUCAUCUGUGAUUCUCGAAGAUGGAAUAACCAAGCUAAAUACCAUUGGCCACUAUGAGAUAUCAAAUGGAUCCACUAUAAAAGUCUUUAAGAAGAUAGCAAAUUUUACUACAGAUGUGGAAUACUCAGAAGACCACUGCCAUUUGAUUUUACCAGAUUCGGAAGCAUUCCAAGAUGUGCAAGGAAAGAGACAUCGAGGGAAGCACAAGUUCAAAGUAAAAGAAAUGUAUCUGACAAAGCUGCUGUCGACCAAGGUGGCAAUUCAUUCUGUGCUUGAAAAACUUUUUAGAAGCAUUUGGAGUUUACCCAACAGCAGGGCCCCAUUUGCUAUAAAAUACUUUUUUGACUUUUUGGAUGCCCAGGCUGAAAGCAAAAAAAUCACAGAUCCUGAUGUCGUACAUAUUUGGAAAACAAACAGCCUUCCUCUUCGCUUCUGGGUAAACAUCCUGAAGAACCCUCAGUUUGUCUUUGACAUUAAGAAGACACCACACAUAGACGGCUGUUUAUCUGUGAUUGCCCAGGCCUUCAUGGACGCAUUUUCUCUCACAGAGCAGCAACUCGGGAAGGAAGCACCAACUAAUAAACUUCUCUAUGCCAAGGAUAUCCCAACCUACAAAGAGGAAGUAAAAUCUUAUUACAAAGCAAUCAGGGAUUUGCCUCCAUUGUCAUCUUCGGAAAUGGAAGAAUUCUUAACUCAGGAAUCUAAGAAACAUGAAAAUGAAUUUAAUGAAGAAGUGGCCUUGACAGAAAUUUACAAAUACAUCGUAAAAUAUUUUGAUGAGAUUCUAAAUAAACUAGAAAGAGAACGAGGGCUGGAAGAAGCUCAGAAACAACUCUUGCAUGUAAAAGUCUUAUUUGAUGAAAAGAAGAAAUGCAAGUGGAUGUAAGCACUCUGGGGACUGGCUUAAUCUGGCAAAAUUCUUCAGACGACUUGGGAGCAAAAUGGCUACUUGAGCUACUCUGUGUCGUUACUUUUUAAAGUUUGCACAUAGGUUCCACUUUGAGCACUGUCUUUUAGAGACGGAGGCACAUGCACAGCUUUUAGAAAGCAUACCAACCUUGUGCCUGUGCAUAUACCGUAGGAACCUUUCUGUAAAUAGAGUUGAAGUGGUUGUUGCAAACAGCCUCCUUGUUUACAGAGAAUACAGGGCCAGUAAGCAAGUGUCAGUAUUGUAACUACAGUCUCCACUUAAGCACAAUGAUGUAAGUGGUUUUGUUUGAAAACUACAGUUAUGUAGCACUUGUGACUACACUGCACCUCUGCAGAAAGGGGACACUGCCAAUGAUCAAAAGGAAAUGUGAACUGAGUCAUUUGGAAACAAGGUGGAGGUGUUAGGGCAACCUCGAGGAUUUGCAGCAUUGAAACUUUCCCCAGUAGUUCUUGGAAAAGCUGACCGCAGAAUUUGGUAGUGUGUACACUUAGCAUUCGUGAGCGUGUGUGUGUUUUUAAACCAAAAACUGACAGUGUUGCAACAUUGUUGAAAGGGCUCGUGUUUUUCAGUGGUCAUGGACUGCACUCCAUCAGACUCACCUCCGUUUCACUAAGGAGCUCUAAAGCAAGGAGAGUGAGGAGGCUUUAUUUAAAUGCAACAGCAUUUUACUCACUUUGUCCUGAUGUAUGUUCCCUUUUUUUUCAUUUUUUCAUACUAAAUGUAUUUGAUAGUGGACAUGUUGGCUAUUGUAAACAAACAAA